AUGUCUGAGCCGACGGUCAAGGCACUCGAGGAGAAUGUCGCCCGUCGAAAUAUUGAGCACGCCAAAGCCCGUGGGGUCGAGAAUGGGAAAGAUGUGUCUACGGAAAAGCGCACGUGGAAGAAUUAUUUCUGGGACAGUUGGGACAAGAGCCCUGAGGAACGCCGACUUAUAUUCAAGGCGGACAGUACGCUUUUGGCAUUUGCGUGCUUAGGCACCUUCGUCAAGUACUUGGAUCGAUCCAACAUCAACAAUGCCUUUGUGUCGGGAAUGAAAGAGGAGAUGAGCCUCUACGGCAACGAGCUUAUCCAUGCCAACAGCUACUACUAUAUCGGCGGACUGAUUGGGCUCUGGCCGAUCAACCUUCUGCUGACGCGGACCAACCCACGAUAUCUCAUUCCCUCGCUCGAACUGGGUUGGACAUUGGCCACCUUUGGGCAAGCCAAAAUGACCACUGCAGACCAUAUGUACGCCCUCCGAGCUCUUGUCGGUCUUUUCGAAUACGGCCACUUCUCCGCCGUCAUGUAUCUUUGCGGCGCCUGGUACCAGAAGGCCGAGCUUGGACGACGCAUGGGUCUGAUCAACGCAGCCACGGCCAUUGGGCCGAUGAUUUCUGCGUACCUUCAAGCAGCCGCGUACAAUGGUCUGGACGGCAAAGGUGCCAUGUCUGGUUGGAGAUGGCUUUUCAUCGUCGAUGGGAUCAUCUCUAUCGGUGUACUUCUCCCGCAAUUCUUUGUGUUGCCCGACGUUCCAUCCCGACAGAAGAAAGACUGGAUCUUCACCGAACAGGACAUCGAGCUGGCGAGAGAUCGCAACCCCAUUGAGGGACGCAUUAAACAGGGCCGCUUCACGCUUUUCCAGAUCAAACGAUGGCUUGUGACCCCGGAGAUUUGGCUCUUGUGGAUCAUAUCCUUCUCGAGUUCGGUUGGGUUCUACCCCUCUAACUCCAUGUCAUUCUGGUUCAAGGCAUGGAACUCCAUCAAGCCUGGCUCCUACACGGUCGGCCAAAUCAACGCAUACACCACCCCGAUCUACGCAAUGGAUCUACUCCAGAUGCUCCUGUUCGGAUGGUUAAGCGACACUCUCUUCCGUGGGCGGCGCUGGCCGAGCCUUCUCAUCGGCUGCAGCAUCAACCUCUUGGUCGUCAUCCUCCUUGCAGCCACCCCGGUGUUCCCAAAGCACCGCGCAUUCCGCUUCUUCUUGUACACACAGACCAGCUGGGGAACGGCAGCUAGUACCAUGUUCUGGGCCUGGACGAACGAGAUCUUGAAAGGUGACCCGGCCACCCGUGCAUUUGCCGGUGCAGGACUCAAUAUCUGGGCUGGGAUAGCGGUCUCAACCAUUCCCUUGGGCGUGUUUCAAACAGUGCAGCAACCCGCCGUGACUGCAGGAAAUUGGACGGCUGCUGGCUUUCUAAUCUUAGAGAUUUUGGCCACGUCGGCGCUGGCUUACUGGUCUCAUCGCAAGCACAAGAGGCUCAUCAACGAUGAUAAUGUUCACCAAGAGGCGGAGAUUGUCUAUUCUGACCAGGGGACUGCUGUUGAUUCAAAGGUCCCGGCGACUACGGUUGAUUCAAAGGCCUCAGCGACUGCUGUUGAGUCGAAAGUCUCAGAAACUACCAUAUUUUGA